GCUUUCAAAAGCUAGGGCUCGCGGAAGUGAGGGCGGCGCGUCAAGAGGUGAGCAAGAUUUCGGCGAUCUCUCCCCAAGAUGAACGAUCUGCUGAGGUCUAGCCUCAGAUCCAGCCAGAGCUACCUGGAUCUCAAGCGCGAUGUGCUGAGGGAUCUGGAGGUAGGGCCAGAGAUGGAGCUAGGGUCGCUGGAGACGGAGAAGAACCUGGAGCAUUUUUUCGACGAGGUCGAGCAGAUCAACAUCGGGAUGGAGAAGAUCCAGCAGCUCCUGUCCAAGCUCCAGGACGCGAACGAGGAGAGCCGAGGAAUCUACAAGGCGCUGGCGAUGAAGGCGAUCCGGGACAGGAUGGACAAGGACGUGUUGGAGGUGCUGCGGCUGGCGAAAUCCAUCAAGGACCGGCUCGAGGAGCUGGACAAGGCCAACAUUGUCAACAGGAAGAUCCCUGGCUGCGAGCAAGGCACCCCGGCAGAUCGCACAAGGAUGUCCAUCACCAUGAGCAUGAGGAUGAAGCUCAAGGAUCUCAUGGGCGAUUUUCAAGCUCUCCGCCAGAAAAUGAUGGGUGAGUACCGCGAGACCGUGGAGAGGAGGUACUUCACAGUGACUGGGCACCAGGCCGACGAGGAGACGAUCGAGAAGAUCAUCGAGACCGGGGAAAGUGAGGUGUUCGUCCAGAGGGCGAUCCAGGAUCAGGGUCGCGGCCAGGUGCUGGAAACCAUUCGGGAGAUCCAGGAGAGGCACGAUGCUGUCAAGGAGAUCGAGAAGAACUUGCUGGAGCUCCACCAGAUCUUUCUCGACAUGGCUGUGCUGGUGGAAGCUCAGGGGGAGCAACUCAACGAUAUUGAGAGGCAUAUGAGCAUGGCUGCCAACUACGUGGACAAGGGGAACUCGCAGCUCCACUACGCCAAGCAGCACCAGAGGAGCUCCCGGAAGUGCACGCUCAUUGCGAUCAUCCUGCUGCUGGUGGUGCUCAUGGUUGUGGUCAUCCCGGUUGUGACCAGCUUCAAGAGUGCUUGAGCGACCUUUACAGACAUCACCACUGCUACCAUCGAGGGGUUUCUAGAGAAGUCACCAACGACUAUGUUGCUACCUAGCUACGAGCUUGUUGAAUAAACAGAGCGCCCGAUUUGGUUCUUUUCA